AUUCGACACCUACGUGUGCCACCUCUCAUAGGUUCCGGGUAGCAGAAACGGACUUUGUUCCUGGAGCUGCCUGUGUUUUGAAAGGAUAUCGAAAACGCAUGAUAUUCUGUGUCAAAAACGUAAUUAUUGCUUAAAUAUCAAAACAUGGCGGUGAACACAGGCACAUCCCUGGUUCUAUCUAGUCUGUUCUCUGUGUUGGUGUUUGCUGGGAUGCAGAUGUUCAGCAGACAGCUGGGCUCUACAGAGUUGCACACCAUCCUGGGAGGCUUCCUGGGCUCUGUCCUCUUUAUCUGCUCCCUCACAGCCUUCAGUAACCUGGAAAACCUCAUCUUCGGCAAGGGAUUCCAGGUCAAGAUCUUCCCAGAGAUCCUGGUGUGCCUGUGCCUCUCUCUGUUUGCCUCUGGGCUGGUGCACCGUGUGUGUGUCACUACAUGUCUGAUAUUCUCUCUGUUCGCCCUCUACUACAUCAACAAAGUGUCUGCUGCUCUGUACCAGGCAGCCAUUCCCACGGUAAUGCCAGCCAAGGCUGCCAGCAAGGGCAAGAAAAAGAACUAAGUCACUAAUUAGAUCAAACUUUCAUACCGUCAUCCAAUCAGCAUCCACUACAAUGGCUAACCAGGCAAGGGGGAAAUGGUGUAGGUUAGCCAAUGACAGUGUACCCCAGUUUCCUUUUUGCAGGUCGUGCCAACCAGCAUUCCUAGAUAUUUUCCUUGACUUCUUAACUCUUUGAUCACUGAUCUCCAAGGACUGGACACCUCUCAGCAGUAUAGAUAACCUGAGACCUACCCAGCCCAUCCAUACACUGUUCUCAGCAGUAUAGAUAACCUGAGACCUACCCAGCCCAUCCAUACACCUUUCUCAGCAGUAUACAUAACCUGAGACCUGCCCAUCCAUACACUGUUCUCAGCAGUAUACAUAACCUGAGACCUACCCAGCCCAUCCAUACACUGUUCUCAGCAGUAUAGAUAACCUGAGACCUACCCAGCCCAUCCAUACACUGUUCUCAGCAGUAUAGAUAACCUGAGACCUACCCAGCCCAUCCAUACACUGUUCUCAGCAGUAUAGAUAACCUGAGACCUACCCAGCCCAUCCAUACACCUUUCUCAGCAGUAUACAUAACCUGAGACCUACCCAGCCCAUCCAUACACUGUUCUCAGCAGUAUACAUAACCUGAGACCUACCCAGCCCAUCCAUACACCUUUCUCAGCAGUAUACAUAACCUGAGACCUACCCAGCCCAUCCAUACACUGUUCUCAGCAGUAUAGAUAACCUGAGACCUACCCAGCCCAUCCAUACACUGUUCUCAGCAGUAUAGAUAACCUGAGACCUACCCAGCCCAUCCAUACACCUUUCUCAGCAGUAUACAUAACCUGAGACCUACCCAGCCCAUCCAUACACUGUUCUCAGCAGUAUAGAUAACCUGAGACCUACCCAGCCCAUCCAUACACUGUUCUCAGCAGUAUAGAUAACCUGAGACCUACCCAGCCCAUCCAUACACUGUUCUCAGCAGUAUACAUAACCUGAGACCUACCCAGCCCAUCCAUACACUGUUCUCAGCAGUAUACAUAACCUGAGACCUACCCAGCCCAUCCAUACACUGUUCUCAGCAGUAUACAUAACCUGAGACCUACCCAGCCCAUCCAUACACUGUUCUCAGCAGUAUAGAUAACCUGAGACCUACCCAGCCCAUCCAUACACCUUUCUCAGCAGUAUACAUAACCUGACACCUACCCAGCCCAUCCAUACACUGUUCUCAGCAGUAUAGAUAACCUGAGACCUACCCAGCCCAUCCAUACACUGUUCUCAGCAGUAUAGAUAACCUGAGACCUACCCAGCCCAUCCAUACACUGUUCUCAGCAGUCAUGAGGCCUGGGGUGGAGGAAAGGAAGCAGUUUGGGAUCUAGCCUGAAUUAUGUCUCUACAUUCCCUACAUCAUCCCCAUGUACUCAGCACUUGUUUCAAAAUGCUUGUUUACAGAUCCAUAUUUUUGAUUGAUGUCCUUUUUGUUUUGGUAUAAAAACUUUGUUGUUAAUGAAUUUGUAAUUAAAACCCAUUGAAAAUA